AUGCACCUCGACAAAAAGCUCCUGGACCGUCGUCGUUGGCCAGAAUACACAGAAUACGUGCACGACGCACUCAGGGCGAUGACAGGAGACGGUAACAAAAGGUCAGGUUGUCGUCCGUUGUCUGCAACCACGAUGUCCAAGUCUGCCAAAUUUCCCUGGGAUUCCCUCAAAGCAGAGACGCUGCGCGCCAUCUCUCGCGACAUCGGCAUAGGAUAUAUUGGAAAACGUGAAACCAUACUUUCUCACCUGCAACUUAUCCACGAAAUCGGCCUGGAUAAAGCCCUGCAAAAAAUCAAGGAUUUACAAGCUAUCGAACUAGUUUCGGCGCGCAGUCGUAAGCGCAAGAGUGACGCGGCAGAUGUGGAACCAGAAACUCUCCCAAAAUCUCGCGCCAAGCGUCGUCGUCCAUCAGACGCAGAACCCACCUCUACUCCUCGUCGUACACGUGCCACUACCGCUCUUGAAGAGUCACCUCGUCGGAGUAGCAGGAAGACUAAACCAACUGAGAAAAUUUCAGCCAAAACCAGAGCAGCAAAGGCAAAAGCUUCAGCAAAGACCCCCGUCAAGGCUAAGACGUCGAGGAAGAAGGUCUCUGCUCCCAACAGCCGGUCGUCUCAGUUCGAUGGCGUCGUUGUUCCUAGGAUUAGGCGAACAAGGCCUGGGGAUGUAAACGGGGCUGAGGCAUGUCCGGCAGCAGAACCAGAGGGAGAGGCGGAAGGGGAAUCCGGGACCUCCCCCGUGAAAAAGCAGGAGGCUGAUGAUGAGGAGAGCAAGGCUUCAUCAAGUUAUGGAAGCUCGAACAAAGAAAACGAAGAGAUUCCCAAUGGGGAAGAUAUCAAAGAGCAGGAGCCCGUUGCCCCAAGCUCAGGACUCGACGAAACUUCGGACGCCGACGCUGAUGGCUCUCCCGAACCCGCUGAAGGAUCCGGCCAUGUACAGGCAGAAACUCUCGUCGGGACUGAGGCAACAGCAUGA